GUCCCUCCUCAGCAAUGCAAAACCUUUCUUCCAAUCCAAGUCGCCAACCUUAAUUUAAAUGCCUCUUCACUCCAAACCAUAUCAGUCCAGUUAGUUGAGUUUCUGAAUUCAUCCCCAAUAUCAUAAUUUCUUAUUUGAGGCCUUCCUUGUAUAUCAGGAUGAUCAGAGAAAGAAAGAACUGAUGCAGCCCAAAAAACAGCCAUAUUUUGUCCAGCUUCCUGUCACUGGAGAACAGGGUUAGGACCCAAGAGCAGACCACAGGAGACAGAAUCAGGGUAAGGAGUUUUAUUCCGUAAAAGAAUUGAGCAGAUCACGACGUGAGUCCCGAGGAUCGACGUCGGAGGCAGGCACACGAAACAGGAACUCUACGCACAAGGAGAGAGGAAGUUAGCGAGGUAACAAGCCAGUGGAGAAACUCAUGGAGCGGCAGUGGAGACUACCGCGGCAGAAGACCUAACAGACUGACAACCCAGGCCUGCAGGACCAGGGUUGAUAAGGAGCCACAGCUGUGCACCGCUCGGGCGUGGGGGGGCCAUGGGCAGCGUCUGGAGGUAAGACGAGCACAUGGCAACACAUGAGCCAGACUCUCGUCACAGCCCUGCCUCUACGAAGCCCGGGCCGGCCGGCAGGACGCCACCCUGGACCGCCUGAGGCUGACCAGAGGUUUGCAGAGGAAUAUCUUCGGCAUUUCUAUGGCUACAAGCCCGAGUCGGAGAGACAGAAGAGGACUGCAGACUCCGAUGUAAAUGCUGAUUGGCCGACAGGACUCUGUGAUGAGGUCCAGAGGAUGCAGCGCUUCUUUGGUUUGCCUCCGACUGGAGAGCUGACCAACGACACUCUGGCAGUUAUGAGGAGGCCGCGGUGUGGUCUGUCAGACGUGGAGCCAUUCGGAGGGACGAUCCGCUGGAAAAAGCACUCCCUCAGUUACCGGAUCGCUGGCUACAACCUCCCCGUCCUGACCUCCAAGGUGCACAACAUCUUCAGGGCGGCGUGGAAGAUCUGGUCCAACGUUACACCGAUGAAAUUUCGCAAGCGGGGCAGGAAAGAGGCUGACAUCGUCAUCUCCUUCCACACCGGCGAUCAUGAAGACGGCUCACCUUUUGAUGGCACAGGAGGAAUCCUGGCUCACGCCUUCCUGCCUGGGUUGGGUAUUGGUGGAGACGUGCACUUUGAUGCCGAUGAGGACUGGAGCUACAACUCUACUGGUUUCAACCUGUUUGCUGUAGCAGUCCAUGAAUUUGGCCAUGCACUUGGCCUGUCCCACUCAUCUGAUCCCGGUGCUAUCAUGUACCCAGCAUACAACGUUGCCCCCAGUUAUGAAAUUCAGCUCUCCUUCAAGGAUGUCAAGGACAUCCAACGCCUUUAUGGUAUCAGUUCCAAUUUUGCUUCACUAUCUUCAAAAAACCCUCCUCCAAGAACACCUGACAAAUGUGAUCCAGAUUUGUCCUUUGAUGCUGUAACAGAAUUACAACAAGAAGUGCUGUUUUUUAAAGACAGAUUUAUGUGGCGCAAACAUCCUCAGUUUGAUGAGACAAGAAUCACCCUGAUUAGCAGUCUGUGGCCAGAGAGUGUACCUCCCAACUUGGAUGCUGCGUAUCAGAAUGUGGAGAAGAAUGUUAACUUGUUUUUCAAAGGUCAUCAAUACUGGGUUCUGAGGCAGUUAAGACUUGAGGAAGGUCUUCCAAGAAACAUAUCGGACUUUGGCUUCCCCUCCGGAAUAAAAUAUGUAGAUGCUGCUCUUCACUUCAGAAAUGAGCGCUACACUGUGUUCUUCACUGGACACGAAUGUUGGAGGUACAAUGAGCAGCAGAUGAUGAUGGAAGGAUCAGCGACACUUAUAGAGCAGCAAUGGCCAGGGAUUCCAACUCCCAUAGAUGCAGCUGUCUUCUCUGAGGGACUUGUGCACUUCUUCAAGGGAAACAUCCACUACAGAUUUGACCCCAGCUCCAAACACGUUGUGUCCACCAGCCGCACUAAUGAGCUGCUGGAAUGCAAGAAGAAUGACGACAAUGAAAUACUGUCAGAGGGGAGAUGAUUGAAGCUUGAACACUGUGGUGCUGUGUGUCUGCUGUGUGCGUAAACACACAGUGUUACGAAGCUCUGGUAUUCUGCAUUAACCACAACUUACCUCAUACCAAAUUGGGAAGUGAUGAAUGAUGUAGGGAAGUGGUUAAAAGAGUUACAGCAUCAGACAGUACAAUGUUGUACAAAUGGCAUUAGUACCUUGUAUCAAAAUACGUUUUUUUAGUUGUGUUUGAUUGUAUGGUUGAUUCUAAUGUUGCUGCUGGAUGUGUGUGUUUUUAAGACAUUACAUGAUAGCGGCAUGUCUUCUAAAGAUACUUAACAGAAUAUAUAAUGGAUUUAUAAAUGUUCUUUAAAAGGUAGUUAUACCUUCGUAUCCCUGUGAAAAUGAUCCAUUAUACACAUCUAUAAAACAAAAAUGUGUGCUUAUUUAUUGAAACACACUGAUUCACUGGUAUUGAUCAAUUCACCUGAGAUGUCAUUGUAAGGAACACUACUGCUUUUCCUCAUACACUGUUGGGCAACAGUGACCAGAAUGUAGCUUUCCACUACACAACACUAAUGUUCAAAGUAUCGUAGAUUAUUACAGAUGCAUCUGGAUGGAAAAUAACCAGAUUAUUUGAUGACUUAUUGUACUCUCAGAGCUUUUCAUUUCAAUUCAAUUCAAUUCAGUUUAUUUUGUAUAGCCCAAUAUCACACAUUACAAAUUAUCCUCAGAGAGCUUUACAAUCUGUACACAUACA